AUGUCUGCGCUUACGACACUUCUUUCUCCGGGAAAUUUUGUGGAACUUUUCAUCAGGGAGGAAGACACAUGCACAGCAGACAACAGCUACAACGGAGACCACUUUGGGGCCCGGAUUUCGGCGAUUUUUGUGGUGCUGAUAGCGUCUGCGUUCGGCUCCUUUUUCCCCGUGCUGUCGUCCAAACACUCCUUCCUACGACUGCCGCCAGCCUGCUUCUUCGUGGCCAAGUUCUUCGGCAGCGGGGUCAUCAUUGCCACCGCGUUCAUUCAUCUACUACAGCCGGCGAACGAGAACUUGUCGAAUGACUGCUUGGGCUACCCCUUCGACAUAUACCCGAUGGCGUUUGGUAUCACGUUGAUUGUCUUGAUGUUGAUGUUCUUCCUCGAACUCAUCGCGUACCGGUGGAUCGAGGCAAAGCUCUCCAAUCAGAGCGUUGACUCCAACGAACCUCACACGCACUCCCACUUCGGCGAAACUUCUAUGUAUGUGCACGACGAAGGUCACGACACCGAACACAGCCAUACCCACGGCCACAGCAACGCCGAAUACAACAUUGAGGAUAUGUUCUCUGAAAUAUCAGAAGAUAUAGAAAAACAGUCAACCGGCUCCUCAGAAUUAGACUCAGCCUAUGCAGCUCAGAUCCUCAACGUGUUUGUUCUCGAGUUCGGUAUUGUCUUCCACUCGGUUUUCGUGGGUUUGACGUUAUCGUGUUCGGGAGACGAGUUCAUUUCUCUCUACAUUGUUGUCGUAUUCCACCAGAUGUUCGAGGGCCUUGGUUUGGGAACAAGAGUGGCCUGCGUCGAAUGGCCGGCAUCAAAAAGAUGGACCCCAUGGCUACUUUGUUUGGGGUACACUUUUUGUACCCCAAUUGCCAUCGCCAUCGGAAUAGGCGUAAGAAAUUCCUAUCCUCCAGGAAGCAGACGUGCGUUAAUCACAAACGGAGUUUUUGACUCAGUCUCCGCAGGUAUCUUAAUCUAUACCGGUUGCAUAGAAUUAAUGGCCCACGAAUUCUUAUUCAGUGAUGAGUUCAAGGGUCCCGGUGGAUUCAAAAAAAUGAUCUGGGCUUAUAUCGUCAUGUGCGUAGGUGCAGGUCUUAUGGCAUUAUUAGGUAGAUGGGCUUAA